AUGGAGGAGAGUGGGACAAGUAAGGAUGAAAAGAUCGAGAUUGCGAGGCGAUUCAUUGACUUGAUGGAAGAAGAUGAGGACUUUUCGAAGGCUCAGGCGAUGGCUGCUUGUAAGGAGCUCGCCAGUUGGCUUGAGAAUACUUCUGACGAUGACAUCAUCACUGCUGCGCUUGAUUGCAUCUCUACUCUCUUAGAGCGACUUGACGAUGAAUUCCGACCUUUGAUCGGCCUGACUGUUUCUCCUUUACUCACGACUCUUGGGCAGACUUCGAUGAAGGCGAGAAAGGGCGCGAUUUUGAUGCUCACCAAUCUUGUGCACAUCUUCAGCGCCAAGGAGAUCUUCGACAUGGUGAUGAACGGAUUCACCCACGAACUGCACCUGAUUCGGGAAGGAUGUGCUCUCUUGGUUCUGUCCGUCAUUCAGCGGCUCGGAAAGAACAGCGGUUUCCUCGAACUUCUCGCAGAAAACAAGUCGGACAACCUCGCUCAAGCGCUCGUGACGAUGGCCGUUACUGAUCCAGCGACUCAGCCUCGGAUGGCAGCGCUGGUAGCUAUCACGAAUCUUAUCAAGUUAUUGGGUUGGCCUGCUCGUCAAGCCUUCGACAAGUGCCAAGGAGCAGACGACGCAGAGCUCAAACAAAAGAUGAAUGAAAUUCCUGUGAAGAAACCUGUGGCCCCUGCUGCUGCGAACGGAGAAUGGAUGGAUGAUGUUUCAAAAGCGGAUAUUAGCGUUGCCGAUCUUUACGAUAGAUUAGACACUGUUGGAGCAGUAAUUCGCGAGGGCGGACUUGAUCCAGACGACCGAAUCAAGACGAUGCGAAAGCUGCGAUCUGUCUUGUAUCACCACGCCAAGUUCGCAUCUGAAAACGAGCUCUGGGAUGAAGUUGCGACCUUCUUCCCUGCGUUUGCCAUCGAUAAUCUCAGACUAAGAAAGCUGACAGCUACAACAAGAGAAGUUUGCCUGACGAUUCAGCAUAUCUGCUCGAUUGAAAGUUCUCCGAACACACCAUUUGAUGAUGCAGUGGCGCAUUUGGUUCAAAUGCUCCCUAGAAUCUCUGAAUCCACCAACGCAACAGCUGGCGUCGCUGAAACAGCACUCAAGAUGUGCGUCCGAAGAUACCAGCAUUCAAAGGUCGUACGAGUUAUUCUCGCCAGCAACCCCGGAACAAAUCCCCAACUCAAGGAACAGAAUACUCCAAAGGUUCGCCGGAAAGUUAUGGGCUUGCUGGAGUCCGUUCUCACUCUUUGGGAAGAUGCGCGACCACUUCGAAAACAUCGAGCUGGAAUUGUUGAAGCAAUCAACAGAGGAAUCUACGACAAUGAUGGUGAAACCAGAAAGUGCGCUCGACGAGCUUGGCAUGGUCUUCACACUCAUUUCCCGCAAGAGGCCGCCGAUAUGCUGCGAAAGCUAACGACUGCGCAACAGAACUUGAUCCUUGCAAAGGUCGCAUUCCGAACGCCCGAAUUGAAAAAGCUUCUCGAAUCAUUCAAGUAUCUUCUUACCGUACGAAACGACCUCUUUCUAUCUGCUCUGGGCGCGUUAUCCGAAUUCUUGAUGGUCUGUGGGCCAGUUCUCGACUAUCCCUGGUGCAGUUUCCUUGUGCCAGCUCUAACGAACAAGGCUGCGGACUCGUCGCUUCCCGGACAGACGCUUGCUGCCUUGGUGAAGUCGAGAACAAGCGCGAUUGAGAAUUUGAAUCCGACUUGGCAACUUCAAGCUGUUUCGAAGUUCAUCACCAGUGAUGAAACGAGAUCAUCACGACACAAGGUCCAGAUUUUAGUUUGGCUUACCGCUCUUGCUCCACGAGUUGAAGGAGGAGAACUGCACUCGGAUGAAGCUAAAACAGCGAUUGUCAGAAUUGGCGAAUGGGGUGGCGAUAUAACGAGAGAGAAUCGGUCUACGAACAAAACGGCGGCACAAAUCCGUAAAUGUGGUCACGAAGCACUCACUGCUCUUCAAAAAUCUUGUGGAGACGAUUUCGAAGCCCUGAUGGACCUUCUUGGCGAGACACGCGUUAUGCAAGUCAGAUACCUUCUUGAAGCCACAUUUUCCACAACUUCUUCACGAACAACUUCAAGACAAGGUUCUCGCAUCGGCUCCCGAGUUGGCUCUAGAGCUGGUUCCCGCAGAGUCAGUCCUUCUCGUCGACCAGUUUCACGCCCAGGCAAGACUCGCUCUGAACCAAACUCGAGCACGAAAAUCCCCCGAGCGACAACUGGAGUUGCUUCUAAGACACCCCAGAGCAGUUCCAGCAUUCCCAUCCGCAAAACCUCGUCGUCAAAGCCAACUACCCCUUCUUCACUAAAUCCACCAAAACUGGAACUUCCUAUCAAUUCACCAAGCUCCACGCUUACUCCAAGCACACCGCAGACCCCAGCGACGGAAGAAAAACUCGUUCUUGAACCGCCAUCGUCAUCGUCGAUUCCUGAGCCGAUUUCGACCGAUACUCUUGGUUCUCAAUUUUCACAACUAUCCAUGACAAGCUCAAAUGCGAACGACAAGUCUAGUGCCAACUUGAAUGAGGAUCGACCCGACAGUCGGCCACCUCCCUCGCCCUGUCGCUCUGAGGAAGGAACAUCUGAAAGCCUCUCUCCUGCUGACAUCUUCAUUGAUUCCAACGCUCAAGCUGCGGACAAGCUCGUCGCUCUAGAAAGUCUCGAGCCAGAGCUGCUCGAUGAAAUGGAAAUUUCAAGAGUUUUACUUGCGCUAGAGAAAUGCAUAAAAGACAAGGAAGAAAGCACACUUCAGCAAGCAGCGUUUGAGAUGAUCUCGAAGAUGGCAGAACUCUGUCCGAAAUCAUUCCAAAACUUCACCUCCGGUCUUGUGAAAACGCUUGUGCAGCUGUCUACUGAUGAAUCUUGCGAAUUACAAGCUGAAGAGUGUCUUGAGGCGAUUUCAAAGCAUCUACCAGCAAUUUCACUUAUCGAGCCUUUCUGUGAAGGACUGAAGCAGUCUGAAAACGAUGAGGUCAAGAACAUCUUCUUUGGUUAUCUUAUCCCGAUUCCACUCAAAGUCGCGAACGAAAAUGUGAAAUUGGCAGGCGCUGGCGAUGCUUCCUCCGCCAAAGAGUUCUCUGAGACAAACGCGUGGACGAGAAUGGCGCAGAUAAGCUUGGAAGCGAUCAGGUCGAACUUAUCAUCGAUGAGAAAGAAUGGAUGCACUCUCCUCGCUAAUAUGUCCGUAGCAACUAAAAACGAAGAAGCCGUUGAAAAAAUUGUUGGCGAACUUUCUGGAGCCGCGCAGAAGCUGGCUAAUUCUUACAUAAAGAAAGCUUCAAAUGAAGCUUCUAAAACUGCAAAUGCUAUCUAA